UAAACUAUCACUUGUAAAUGAAAGUGGUUCCGGAUAUUUUGGCAUCACUGUUUCAAUGGCAGAACUUGUGUAGACUUUUUCUCUAUUAAUAAUAACGGGGAUUUAUGUUUACAAGAGAUUUGAAGGAUACGCAACUGAGCAGGAAGUUUUAUCUUGGUAUUCAAUGUGUUUACUGCACUUGUGAAAAAUACUAUCAACAUUACAACUUCAUACAAAAUGCGAAUGUCAAUAAACACCCCAGAGGAUUCAACAGUGAAUGAAGAGUUCGUCCAGUUGGUGCGGGAUAUUCCUAUUCUGUGGAAUAUGCGUUUGCCUCAGUACCGGAGCCGAGAACUGAAAGAACGAAAGUGGGCCGAAGUUGGAGCACGCUUCAACCUUUCUGGUUCAGAUGCUUAUAAAAAGUUCGUUGCGUUGCGAGAGAAAUACAAACGCGAACAAAAACUCGCUGAAUCAAAAAAACUAUCAAACGUCGAAUGUUGGCGCUUAUACGAGAAACUGAAAUUUCUCGAUUCCGUCUCUAUUUCGCGAGAUCGACGGUGGCGUGCGCCGAAAAUGAGCUUCAAACGACAGCAUGUUUUUCCAAUGACAACUUUGUACAAGCAUGAGUUCCCAAGUUUUAUCAAAACCGAAUUUCCCGAUGAUGCUUCCGUUUCUGCAUCAACUUCCCCUGCUCAACAAAUGUCGGAGGGACCGUCCGAAAUCGAGUCCAACGAGGCGUAUCAGGAUAAUCCCGAUUUUUUCAAUGAUGCUGCAACACACGUUCCAAAUUCGGAAGAUGCUGAUAGCGUGUAUUGUCGAAUGGGAGAAAACGCCGAUAAUGAAUUCGAGGUGCACCAGCAACCGCAAGAAGUAGAAACUAAUCCAAGUUCGUCAAGAAUUGACCAAUUCCUAAUUAGGUUAGAAACUAAAACAGACGCAAUUCUUAAUGACUACAAUCGACGGAAUGCCAGCUGGGCGAGAUGUGAAACACUGGGACAUCGAGUGGCUCAGACAAUGUACGCACUGGAGGAAAACGACCCAGAUCUGGCACUGAAAUUCGAUAUCAUUUUGAGUGAAGCAAUCGCCAGUAUAAAAAAAGAUCAACUUGAAAGGUUAACGAACAGGCAGAAACAAUAAAUAGCUUGGUGAAUAUAUGGAGAGGCAGUCGAAAUGCUUCCCAACAAAUGAAUAAGUGAUUGGUUGAUGAUAGCAACAUUAGCAUAUUUUAAGUUUAACAAAUUGUAUGUAUAAUCAAGUUUGUAGAGGUAACUUAGCCUACAUGAUAAAUUUAUAAUGAAAAAAUAUAAUGAAAAAGAACUUAGAACAAAA